GGCCUGCCGUGAUCCGAGAGAUGGUAGGGGCGUUGGCGAGUGAGCCUAGGCAGACGAUCGGCGUGGUGGUGGGGUUAACAAAGGAUUCAUUUACCAAUGACGUGGUUAAAGCGGCCGAAAAGCAGGCAUAA